AUGGCGAACUUAACUAGCGAACAACAGAUGAAAUUAUUGUCAGACGUGGAGAUGGAGAUGAUGGCCGACAUGUACAACAGAAUGAUGAACGCAUGUCAAAAAAAAUGUGUUCCCCCAAAAUACAAAGAGUCUGACCUGAGUAAAGGUGAGGCGGUAUGCUUAGACAGAUGUGUCGCCAAAUAUCUUGAAGUACAUGAACGAAUAGGAAAAAAAUUAACUAGUCUUUCUAUUCAAGACAAUGAAAAUGCUCAGAAAAUGCAAUCAACUGCAUUAAAAUUUAAAUGA